CCAGAGUGGAAGCGUUCUAACUAACUGGCUCUUGGGUCUUGAACAUACGUAGUGUGAUUGACACAUCCGAAACUAAAUGUGGACAUCGCUAGGCCCGCAUCAUGUUGUUGGCGCGUCUCCGGUUGCAACAGAUUCGGGCUCUGAGUUCCCAGGCACCCGGAUUGACUCAGCUAGAUAACUCCUCAGGGCUCCUGUCUCAAGUUCUUCAUCGUAGACAUCCAGGAAUUAUACGAGUGAAAUUGGUUCGGUUGCCGCAGGAGGUCCAUAAUGCUGUGCAGGUUCUGAUGAAGGAAUGCUCAAUUAGACAGGUCGAGGAACGUGUCUCUGCAUUGAACAAUUACUUGUGGAGUCGAAAACGCCCAGCUGAGGAAAAAGAUUUGAGGGGCCAAGCUGCAAAGCUGGAAAGGAAGUACAGGGAGUCCAUAUCAAGCAGUGCAGAUGAGAAUGAUUCCCAGCAGCUUGAGAAGAUGAAAAGCAAUGUGUUGAAAACUCUGCGGAAGAAUGUAUAUCACUGGCAGCCUUUGAGUUACACAGAUGAACUAAGUUUGGUGUAUUUAGUCUCACGCUUCGAUGGAGGCUUUGCUGCGGUAACAAGAGCCCUUCAAGAGAUUCGUCAGCGUGUUCCUGAAUUCACUCCUCAGACGCUCUUAGAUUUUGGUUCUGGUGUUGGGACGGUAACAUGGGCAGCCCAUGCUGUGUGGGGUGAGAGUAUUGGUGAAUACUUGUGUGUUGACGCCUCUGCCUCCAUGAACAAACUCAGCGAACUAGUAAUAAAAGGAGGAACAGAGACUGGUAAUAUGCAUAUCUCCGGGGUUUAUUUUCGCCAGUUUUUGCCACUUUCUCCAAAAGUGCAGUAUGAUCUUGUAGUUUCUGCAUUCUCUCUGAAUGAUCUUCCUAGUAUGGCGGAGCGACAGAAGACAAUCCAAACCUUGUGGAGGAAAACGGGGAACUUCUUGGUGCUGGUGGAGAAUGGUACAAGAGAGGGACAUCAGCUUCUUAUGGAAGCUCGUGAAACUGUGUUAAAAAAACAAGAUAAAGAAAUCUGGGACCAUCGGCCGCCACAUGUAUUUGCACCAUGUCCACAUGACCUGCCAUGUCCUAAACUUGCUCAGAAGAUUCAGGUGCCUUGUAACUUCACACAGUCCUACCAACCACUUAAUCUUAGUUGGAACUCUCCUCAGCGAUGUGAGAAAUUUUCCUUCCUGAUAUUGUCCCGUAAUUUUGAGGGGAAACCUGAUGCACACUGGCCUCGUGUGAUUAGCCCUGUGCUGCGGCGGCCACGUCACGUGCAUUGUCACAUGUGCUGUGCUGACGGGAAGAUACAUCAUGAUGUCAUCACUGCACGAAGACACGGAAGGGAUCUCUAUCGCUGUGCCAGAAACAGUGAGUGGGGGGACCGCUUGCCAGCAUUGACGCCAUUCAUGAACAGUGACACAGAGCAAGGAGAAGAUAUGGACUAAAGCAAUGCAGUAUGAUCUCUGGGAAACAGGAGGACUCUGGUACUCUAUGGAGGCAGCACACAUAGCAGAAAAUAAUAAAUGCAGUCCGUUUAGUUUCAUCACAUUGGUACUGCUUUUCUCUUGUAACAUAGAGGUUGGGUUACUUCUGUCUGUUAUCUUAACAAUUAUGGUGAGACCUGCCAUGCUCUGCUUAUGGAUAACAAUACUUGAACAUACAUGUAUAAAUUAACAUCCAGUAUACUGGAAGACAGGACAUACUAUGCUGUGCGACAGUUAAUGCUUCUGAUUGGUGUCCUUUAACUUAUAUUUAAAAAAGAAGCAGGCAAAAGGAGCUUGUCGUUCCGACCUCAGCCUGAUGAUUUUUCCCUUCGGGAAUUCUGGCUUGGGCUGUCAUAAAUAUGUGUUACACUUAUUUAAUAUUUGUCCUCCUGUCUUUAUUUUUUGUAUUUAUCAUAAUGGAUUUCAAAUUUCCAAAAUGUAUACGUCUGUGAAAUGGUUUCUAAAUAAAAGCUUCCCAAAGAAUA